AUGGAAUCUCGAGAAGAUGAAGAUAAAGAAGAAGAAGAAGAGCAAGAGGAGGCACUAUCGCUCUGUGACCUUCCACUUAACCGCAAUUCGAGAACUCCAAGCUUGGACGAAACGUCGUAUAAGAAAAUUCUCCGACCGUCGUCCUUAGACGAUCACGAUGGAGAGAUUUUCAACGGCUUCAGCAGCAGCAGCAGCUCCGACAUGUGCCCCGCCGAUGACAUCAUUUUCUGCGGCAAACUCGUUCCGCUCAAAAACCUCAUCGUGGAAGAGGAUAAAUCGGCCGCGCGCCGCCGGCGAUCGGAGUCUCUCUCCUCCGUGACGCGAUCGAACAGUGUCAGCGCGUGCACCGGCUCUCGCCGCUUCAUGAUGAGGAACAGCAAGAGCUUGGAUUACAGCAGGCUGCGAGAGUCCUCCGCCCCGGAGGUUGACCGGAAUUCCUCCGUCAGGAACGGUGCGCCGCCGGAGGUUGCGGUGAAGAAGGCGACGAAGCCGCGCUGGUACUCUCUGAUGUUCGGGACGAUCAAGGUGCCGCCGGAGAUGGAACUGAGCGACAUGAAGAACCGGCAGGUUCGCCGGAACCCGUCGAGUACAAUGUUUAUGGCGGCGGAGAAGGUGGCCGUGAAUCGGAGCCCCGGGAAGUUGUCGUGGAGAAUACUGAAGGCAUUGAGUUGCAAGGAUCACAGCAGCGUUGCUGUAGCGACGUCGUUUCCUUUGCCGCAAGCGUCGUAG